GCGCUCGCGGACUGCCCCUCGUGUGCGCCCGCGCUGGGGGCGCUCGCACAGUACCUGCUAGACCUCGCCUGCCUCCUCUGGGCCGCGGCGGCGGCCGCGAAGCAGGGCGGCCCCGCGUGCGAGGCCGAGGCCGGCGGCAUCGCGGCGCGCGCGCGCGACGCGGCGUCCAAGGCGCUCGAGGUGCUGUCCAAGGCGGCCGUGGCGGACCCGAUGCGGCGGCAGUUCUUGCGGCACAGAGUCGCAGAGGUCGAGGCGCUCAUUGCGGAGCUGGCCAAGGAGUGA